AGGAGGGGGCCGGGGGCCCGGAUUCCUGGGUCCUGGCACCCACCCGUAGAACCGACCUUGCGGGGCCUUCGCCGCACACAAGCUCGAGUCUGUGGGUCCGUGUCGGGGGCUCACCAUCGCGGCUGGGGUCUUCCCGGCCCUCCCCGCCCUCCCUGGUCCUCCUGGCCCCCAUCUGUCCGUCCAUCCGUCUGUCUGUCCACCUGCCGCGCCCCCCGGGCUGAGGUAGGAGGUUGUAUAGUUGAGGAGGACACCCACGGAGAUCACUAUACGGCCUCCUAGCUUUCCCCAGGCUGCGCCCUGCACGGGACGCCCGGCGGGGACCCCAGCCCCGGACCGCUGCCCCAUGCCGGGGGGACCCUGGGUGGAGGAGCUGGGCUGUCUCUCCAUCUCCACUGUGUCUCUGGAGUCUUCUGUGUGUCUGCACAGCGGCCUCUCAGACUCUGUCUUCAUCUCUCUCUUACUGUGUUUUCUGGCAUCCCUCCAUGUCUCAGCUCCUGUCUCUCGGGAUCUCACAGUACCUCUGUGCCAUCUCCACUCUGACCCCACACCCCCACCCCACGCCAGUGCCUGUCAGGCCACCCCACACCACACUGCCGGCCUCUGGGUCCCUGAGACCCUUUAACCUGUGAGGACAUCCAGGGUCACAGGUGAGGUUCUUGGGAGCCUGGCGUCCGGACCAACCACAAGCCUGGGGAUUGCCCACCUGACCCCUGGCCGCUCACACCCUUUCUCCUGGAAAACCCAGAGCUUGACGUUUGGCCAGCCACAGAAAUCCGACCUCUGACCCUAGACCACGUGCCCCUCCCCCCCACCAUGGUGACCUCACAAAGGUCACCAGCUUCUCCCCGGGCCUAGACCCUCCACUAUGGCCCUGCUGGCCCAAGACAGCGCUGUCCCGUGUGCCCUGGUGGCCCUCACGGUCUUCAGGGCCCCCGCCUGGGCCUGUCUGAUCUGCUUCACAUCCUAUAAGGAACGCACCCGCAUCUGCCAGAUCUUUGCUGGUAUACAGGGCCCCGAGCUGCAGAAAUGUCAGGAGGCAUUCAGCAGCGCCUUUGCGGACCUCGCCGACAUUGAAAUCAACUACGAUGACAGAAGCCAUCUGCAUGACGCCUUCACCCAGAUGACCCACUCUCUCCAGGAGAUAGCUGCCGCCCAGGGCUCCUUUAACGUUGCUUUCCCUGAUGCUGCCGAGAAAAUGCGGAAGGUCAUUAUGAAGCUUAAAGGAGCCCAGGCCUGCGUCCCUCCCUGCGGGUUCCAGGAUGUCGCCCGGCGUUUCCUCUGCUACGGGUGCUACUCCAAGGCCUGCAACUUCCCGCUGGACUGCCCAGGUGAGAGGCGGGGCCUGGAAGGAGAAGAAACGGACUUGACGGUGACUCGGGGUCAGCAGGCUAAGUUCUCCUGCACUGUGAACUUCCAACUGCCUAAGGAGGAAAUCACUUAUUCCUGGAAGUUCGCAGGAGGAGGUCUCCGGACGCAGGACCAGUCCUACUUCCGAGACAUCCCGCGGGCCCAAGGAUACCUGGCGCGGAUCCGGCCGGUGCAGCCCACGCACAGCGGGACCUUCUCUUGCUCCAUCCUGCACGACCAGCGCCCAGUGGCGCGGCUCUACUUUUUUCUUAACGUGACCAGUGCGCCCCCGCGUGGGGAGAUCGAGCUCCAGGUCUCCUUUCGGAAAGUGCUGCGCUGGGCGCCGAAGGAGACAGAGACGUUGGAACCAUGGAGGCCAAGCCUGGGCGAGCUGCUGGCCAGGCCCGAGGCUCUGACGCCGGGCAACCAGUGCCUGCUCGCGGCCCUCGCAGCCGUAGCAUCAGCCAGUGCGACCCUUAUGGUGUGAUUCUUUCCAUCUUUGAAGGUGGUCAGUACCGUCGCAGGUAGCAGGAGAGGCAGCGUACCCCAGAUACGUUCAGGCGGAUAGGCUCCUAAUGACGGGAGUAUGUAGAGUUGUCACAGUGCAAGGGCCUGUGCUGAGGGCUUUAGGUGCAAGCCCAGACCCUUCCCGGGAUUUCUGGCAGUCUCUCUGACAUUGCAGCCUGCAGAAGACACCCUCAAAUAGAGUCCUUGAUGUCUCCUUGAAAGCCCGUGCCUCCCUGAGGCUUUCCUGCUAAAGGCACCCCCGUCCACCCAGCUGCUCCCCCAGAAACCUAAGUUUAAUUCCUCCUCCUCUCCGGUUUUCAUGCCUGAGCCUUUUUAACUCCUAAACAUCUUGUGCAGCUGCCCUCUCUCUGUGGUCCCAGUCACCAUCAUCUCUUGCCUGGAUCACUGCAGCAGCAUCCCCACUCGCCCCCCUGCCUCGACUCGGCCUUGCCCCGCUGCAGUCCGUCUUCCACAUAGCAGCCAGAGUAAUAUUUUAAUGUAUGUCAGAUCAGGGGCGCCUGGGUGGCUCAGUCCGUUAAGGGUCCAGCGCUGGAUUUUGGCUCAGGUCAUGAUCUCACAGUUCAUGGGAUCGAGCCCUACAUCAGGCCCUGUGCUGACAGCAUGGAGCCUGCUUGGGAUUCUCUCUCCCUCUCUGCUCCUUUCCCCUGUUCAUGCUCUCUCUCAAAAUAAAUAAAGUUAAAAAAAUAA